AUGAUGAGAUCGUCAAAUUCUACAAAUAUUCCGUUAUUAGAACAUGUAAAUAUCAAUGAAGAAGUGAUCUGUGCAAUGGUAAUUUGUGCGCAAUUAUUACCACAGCGAUAUGGUCCAUCAGUCAUAGUUCGAUCGCUUUUAGCAAUCGAGGAUGCUCCGAAUAUAAUCACUCAGGCGAGCCAAAAUAUUUAUAUUUUUAUUUUUAGUAUUUUUAGAUUUUUAACUUUAUUGGGGAUUUUGAAUCGGUAUAAAAAUUUUCAGCUUUUAGCACUAGAUCCCUCACUUAUCAGUUCGACGAUCAAUCGUUUAUUAGAAGCUGGUACAUUGCUAACUAACAGUCUUGCAUUAAUUAUUAUGUGCACUUGCUUAAACGAUAUGCAUUUUAUUGCGCAGUUGUUAGCAACAUUACUAAAACGCCGUCCAAUUGCUACAUACAUUCAGAAAUCUCCCAAUAAAGAAUCUGUCAAAUUGUUACAUGAAAGGAUUACAAAAGUUCUUAAUAAUCAUAUUUCAUGUACAGAUGGUACUGCCAUUGCACGCUUGGCUCAGUUGCUCGCGGCAUUACGAAUCGUUGCUGGUAUUCGUUUGACUUCUCAAGAAAGUCGUUUAUGGUUAUUGUUUUUAACGAAAACGGAUUGCAAUUGUGAUCAGUAUAUUUCGAUUGCUAUCUCGACAAUUAUAGCUUUCCCGCAACUUAUUCCAAUCCAUUUGAGCGAUGACAGUGAAAUCGAAGCAUCUUUGAUAGCUUUUCUUGAUUGGAUUAAAUGUCGCGCAUCUGCGGACUCUCUUUGUUUUGAGCGGUUCUUCAUUCUUGUUUCAAUACAUUUAUUAGCCAACCAAAGUGAACAGUUAUCUGCUCUUGUUUCUAGCACACUUUUCUUAAAGGUUAUGUGA